UUGCUCUCUCUAUCUAUCUCUCUUUACUGGGGCUUCGUUAGUUAGUAUUAAGUCCGUGAACGUCUGAACGUGUGUGUGUGUGUGUGUGUCCGGUUGUGAAAUCGCGGAAUUACGGCGGCGGGGCGGCAUCUAUAGCCAGCCAGCAGUCGCGAACUCAGGCGCCUCUGGUCGGAGCGAAAAAAUGCCUGGAAUGUCGCGGAUUAUUAUAAUUUAAUUUAACCCGUGCGUUGACUAAGAUAAACAAUUACUUUUAUUAAUUAAAAACACACAAAGAGUUUAGUUGCGGCACGGUACAGUCCCGCGCGGUGGUGUCUUUUGUUAUAAACUUUUCAUCGUAACAGACGCAACAGGAAAACAUUAAGAUUGUUUAUAGAACAUCCCUGGGAGAUGAUAAAAGUGGACGAAUCCGACCCUGUGGGGGAGGUGGACCUGAGCUUCCCUUACAGGGACGUCCAGAUCAAAAGAAACAUCGAUCCAGAGGACGAAUACUCUUUAGAGGAGGAAAUUGGAAGGGGUAAAUUUGGUAUAGUGUACAAAUGCAAAGAGAAAUCCUCGGGGCUAUGUUUAGCGGCCAAAUUCAUAUCCUGUCCAAAAAAAGAGGACAGACGCAACGUGGAGAGGGAAAUAGACAUAAUGAGAACCCUACAGCACCCCAGACUGAUACAGAUGUACGACGCGUUCGAUAAUGGCAAAAAGAUGUGUGUCAUUUUAGAAUUAAUCGAAGGGGGCGAACUGUUCGAACGCGUGAUAGACGACGACUUCAUCCUUACGGAAAAAGCGUGCACCGUGUUCAUGCGACAAAUCUGCGAGGGAGUCGACUUCAUACACAAACAGAGAAUCUUACACCUGGACAUGAAACCGGAAAACGUGUUGUGUCUCACCAAAACCGGAAAUCGCAUUAAGAUCAUCGAUUUCGGGUUGGCACGGAAAUUCGAUCCGGCGAAGAAACUCCAGGUGCUCUUUGGCACUCCCGAGUUUGUCGCCCCCGAGGUGGUUAACUUUGACGCGAUCGGUUAUGGCACCGAUAUGUGGAGCGUCGGGGUUAUUUGUUACGUUUUGUUAUCGGGUUUGUCUCCGUUUAUGGGUCACACGGACGUGGAAACGAUGGCGAACGUCACCGUCGCGAAGUACGACUUCGACGACGAGGCUUUCCAAAACGUUUCGGAUAACGCCAAAGACUUCAUCAGGAAAUUGCUGAUCAAGGAUCUGAGCAAACGUAUGACCGCCGAACAGUGUCUGGAACACGAUUGGUUAAAACGCAAACAGAGGCCACUCUUCACGACGACGAUGGGCGUGACCAAAGACAACUUGCGACAGUUCGUCGAGCGUUGGAACGAACACCCGAACUCGCCGUACGUAUUCGAGGUGACCGACGAGGGUGAUAGUUUAGAUUCGGAGGGGCGCAGUUUGAGCAUGAGCGGGGGUUCGCCGAGUCCGUGCGGCAGUUUGGCCUCCAGUCCCGGAAACGACAGUAUCUUCCUAAACAAUAACAAUCUUACGGUCGAUACUAGUAAUAACGAGUUAUUCAUGCCUCCGAAGUCCUUAAUGGUGCCCUCGGAUCACUUGAGACGAGCCUCUGAUAGCACUUGUUUCGUUAAGAACUCGGAUAUAAGCGAGAGAAUCAAUUUGGCCGAGGAAAUUCGGUUGUUGAGCGAUCGCCUGUUUAAGCUGUCCAAUAUCGAUGUCGGUUUAAGUAACGGGGAAGCCGUGGGGGAAUCGGAGAAAUAUUUACCGAAAGACCAUCCGCAGAGCCCCGCGUGCGCCAUCCCGUGGCGUAAAACGAAAAAUAAAAUCAACCCCAACACGAGUAGAGAUGUACCGUUGACGUGCCGAUCGAUUUAUAAACGUGCCGACGAAGAGGCGUUUUUAAGCUCGUAUAAAAGGCCUCCGUCGGACGCGAACGGCACGAAGGAUCUACUGCUACGGCUGCUACAGAACUGGGACAAAUCGAAAACGGGCAGUAGAUCGGUCACGAGGCACGGAUCGGUUUCCGAAUGGACCGAGGACGACACCUUGGGCCAGAGGUCGAUCAGUUCGUUGAACAGUUUCUUUCAAAGUAGGGCGAGCAAUAAAAAAGUCACCGCUUUCCAUUUGAAUCAGUCUUAACGAGAAGGUAAAAUUAUGUCCUAGUUUGGGAUUCGCUGAAGUGUUAUGUUAAGAUGGUUUUUUACCGAUUGUGCCUUAAGAGCAAACGUACGGGGUGUCCGUUUUAAGGGAGAGCGCGCUAAAAAGUCAAUUUGGGGAGUGCCAGGUGCGUUAGGCAGGCUAUUGAAACACCCAUUAAAAACUAAAAUCAUUAACACAAGAAAAAUGUUUUCAUGUUUUUUUAUUACAAACAAAAAUACAGAUAAACUUGGCAAACAAAACUAGACAUGUCAAAAUUAAUUGAAUUUAGGUAUCUAAAUAGCUGUUAACAUAAUAUUUUCACAAAAAAACUAAGCAAAGCAACGUUCCUACAUUCUAAGUGUACCGUAAAAUGGAGUGAAUAGAAACAGUUUCGGACCUUUCCUACUCUGUUGCUAACAUGGUAGUCACCUUUUUAACAACAAAAAAAAGGAAUCUACAGGUCUCGACUUGUAGAUCAAAAAGCGCACAAUAUUUUUUUUUUUUAAUAGUAGUUUUACCACAAAAAAAAUAAAAACGCUUCUUUCCUAUUCACCCUUAAUGUGGGGUGAAUAGAAACACCCAUUUAAAUUGGUCAAAUUUGCUAUUCCACCCACACGAGGGCGAAUAGGAACACCUGAAAAAAAAAUUUAAAUUGAUAAAAAAAUAUAAAUACACAAAAAAAAAUGAUAAAAACACCAAUUUUACAAAAAAAAAAUAUUUAUUUCUAUAAAAAUAUAACAUUAAACAUAUUAUUUAAAUUAAACAACUCUGAUGCCAAUUAAAUUUUAAAAUGUCUUUUCUUAACGUGGAUGCUUUUAUCUCGUCAUGAACUGGGAAAACCUCUCCAACAACCUGGCUAAAAUGAAAGGUGGAAAUAUCCGGAAACUUCUGGAAAUCCAUAAAUAUAUCCUGUCGAGUGUUUGGUGGGGCGACUUCUUAAGAAAGUGGCUUUAAUGUCAUUUUCUGUAAUAUUAAUCCGAUAAAAUAUUUAUUUCUUUGUCUAUUUCGAUAUUUUGUUGGAAAACACACCAGAAGCCAAGUUCCUUUAUCUAUCUAUUAAAUCAAGCGAAAUAGGAGAAUCGCAUCGGAACAAUUUACCCUCAAAGCAGACUGAUGCUGAUGAAUUAUUUGUAUCCAACUUAUUCUUGGACUUAUCGGUGAAACUUGGUAGUUAAGUGUCCAUUUCUGAGUCUGCAUCUGAAGAAGGAUCUUGAUCUUUUUCCAUUUCAGAGUCUUCACUUAAAGAAUGAUCUUAAGCUUAUGCCAUUAUUGGCAUGAAAUUACUAAGAAGCAAAUUCAUUUCCGGGUCUGAAUCUUCAUCUAAGGUUUCCAUACGUCUUUCCAAAUCAUAAUCCUCCUAACCGUCUUUAUCCAACGUGCUUUCAAAAUAUGCACUUGUAACGCUUUUGCCAGCAGGAACUUGAAUUUUACGACGUCGACUCUUCACAUUUUGACCAUCGCCACAUCUCAUUGUUCUUAGAAGGUUUACCAAAGAGUUAUUAAGUUCUUCUUCAAUGUUCUGAUUCUCAUCAUUUGUCUCGUCAAGAUUUUGCUGCGGAAGGCGUCCCAAUACGUGAUCCCUAUCUAGUGGAAAAAUUCCACACUUUCUAAACCCAUAUUGUAUUAGGCUCAAUAGCCUUUGACAAGUCAUUUAGCAAGAAAGGGAAUCUGUCCUUUGGAACCGUGCAAUGCUUUGAACCAGCCCCCAUUUUCCAUUUUUCAAGGAUCUGUCGCCAAGCUGUUUUAAGAGGCCGGAAAAAAUGCCACGUCCAGAGGCUGGGUCAGAUGAGUAGAGUUAGCCGGGAGGAAGAUAAAUGAAAUAUUAUUUUCUUCGCAAAGAGAUACCAUACUUAAUUACAAAUGUAAACUCAGAUUAUUGCCAAUUAAGUACUUCUUUCCCGGUAGAUCUUUUACUGCAGGUAUGACAGUUCUCUCUACCCAAUCUGAGAAGGAAAUCGCAUCAAACCAACCUGAUGGACUUCUAUUAAAUCUGACGUCCUUUAGUCCUCCAACUGUCCAAGAUUUUUAGCUUUGUAAACCAUCGUAUGGUGGAAACAAUUUUCCAUUAGCUGAACAGCGUACAUAAUAGAAACGGCUGACUUCGACGUAUUGCAAAUACGUUCUGCAUAGCGACAGCCCCUUUUCAAGAUUACUUUCUUUCUACCUGGAUCGUCAAUUAAAUUUGUUUCGUCGUAAUUUAUUAUUAAAUUGUCAAAAUAAGCAUUGAUAGUAUUGGGAGAAACAGCAGCUCUUGAGCGCUUGAUGUUUUGGCAAAUUUUAGAUCUUAAUUCAUUUUUGUGACGUUUUAAGAAAGAAUAGACAAAGUGUCUGCCAGAGAUAUUAUCUUUAAAUCUCGUUAUUGUUUUACCUCUACUGUCUAGGUAAUUUUUUAUCACCAUCCUGACGUCCAAAUGGUCAAGUGGAUACCCCCAAUCGGAACAAACUAUUAGUUGAUGGACUAAAAUAUCUUCGUCUUGUUUGGUUAGGACUGUUUGUCCUCCAUGAUGCUUUAGACUUCGGUUUUUGUAGUGCCGAUAAAGCACAGAAUAAUGAUUGUUGUAUGUUUCGUGAGCCACUCUAUAACUCAUCCCGUUGUCAAUUGAAGCAAGGGCUAUUUUUAAGUUUUUUCAUCAAUUUUCUUAUAUGUUUUACCUCGAGGGUCUGGUUUAUAAACGCGAGGCAUUUUCCUGCAAAAGAAAAAACAAUUAUGGGGUGGAUAGAAACAGCGUGUUUCUAUUCACCCCAAGAUUACUUAAAAGUGACGUUAUGUAUAAUAUUACAUCAUAGCAAAAAAAAAAAAGCAAGACAAGCAAUUUCUGAAAUAGGCAAUCUAAACCAGACACCUUACUUUAACCAAAAACUCAAUGUCUUACCUGUUUUUCGUUAACCACUGAAUAAAGUUUUGCUAGUGAUGAAAAAAGCACAUUUGUGUGUCCACUCCGACGGGUGGUUGGUACUGCAAUCAGGGCUGCCAACAUAAAACAUCUUUGGCCUGUUAAAGUAGUUAUGGCGACAUCUGUUGACCGUUUGAGAACAAAUUUGAAGCGUUGGGAGUUUAAUUCCGAUGUUGAUUUUUUUUUUAAAGAAGUUUCCCGUUUUUGUUGCUAUUCACCCCAUUUCACGGUAUAAAAGCAUAAGGAUUCCGAACAAAUCACUUGAAAGUAUUUCAGUUAAUAUGUCAGCAAUUUGUUGCUUAGUAGAUAUACACUAUUGCCUAUAUACAGUGUAUUCCUAAUGAAAGGUACAAAUCCGUUUAAAAUUCAGGUGUUUUUUUUUCUUCUUUGAUUUUUCGGACACGUCGAUUAGCAUUUGCUCGUUUUUUGCAAUAAAAAUUUUUUAUACAGGGUACCUAAAGCAGUAACUAUAGGCAUUAACAUUAAUUUUUUUUAAUGGAACACCCUACAUGUUACAAUUUUACGAUAUAGUCCGAUGCGAUCCAUAUGCUUAAAGUCGGCGGUUUGUCAAAUCAAAUCAAAAUAUGCUUUAUUGUCAUAAGAGAUAAUCUUGUCGACAAAGCUGUAUGGGAAGAAUGGCAUUAUCUAUAAUUGCAACCAACAAUUUUUUAACCCUUUUCCUAAAGACUCUGUUUCUUUGCACUUUUUUAAUAUCCGCUGGAAGAUGAUUAAAAAAUUUUUUACCAACAAAUAUAAAUGACCUUUUUAUUAGUGAAGUUGAGGGUACAGGCAAAAUCACAUCAUUAGCCCUUCUGCUGCUAUAAUGGUGCCUAUCUCCAACAUUGAGAUCUCUAUACUUUUUGUGAAUUAAGCACACCGUUUCCAGUAUAAAUAAAGAAGGCAACGUAAGGAUUUUGCGAGUAAUAAAAAGUUCUCUACAUGAAUCUCUUAUACCUACUUUGCAAAUAUAUCUGAUAGCCCUCUUUUGCAAGAUAACAACACUCAUAAAUAAUUGAUUGGUACACGCACCCCAAAAACACAAACCAUACCUCAGAUGUGGCUCAAUCAGUGCAAAAUAGGCAUUCCUGGCCAUACCAAACUCUACUUCUCUUGUUAUGAUUUUAAGGGCAUAACAAUUAGACGCCAACUUGUUGCACUAUAAUCUGAUAUGACUUUCAAACUUCAAUUGUUGUCAAGACUUAUUGCCAAGAACUUAUUCUCAUUUAAAUCAAUGUUUCUAAGGCAAACUCUGCUCAGACUGCAUUUAAAUUUCAUGACAUUUGUUUUAAGAACAUUUAAAGUUAGCUUGUUGCAGUCACACCAUUUUUUAAUUUUGGCUAAAUCCCUAUUUACCGUAUUAUUUAGAUUUUCAACACUAACAUCAUGCCAAAGUACCGUUGCAUCAUCUGCAAAUUGAAUAAAUAUACCUUGUAGGUAUAUCAAGUUUUUGCCAUAUCGUCAGUGAUGUGACAAUACCUUCUAUCUCUCUUAGAUAUAAUUUUACAGGAAACAAAAAAAAAAUUUUAUCGUCAUGAUAAUUUUAUAUUAAUAUUUUUUUUGGCAAAUGUAGUGUUGAAAAAGGAAAUAAAAGCUAAAAGAUAAUAAAUUUUUAUUUAUUUAUUUUUUGUUUUUUUUUAUAAUUAAGAUAGGAGAUAUUGGGGUUAAAUGGAUGGAAGUUAGGAGGUAUGAAAUAGACACAUUAUUUCAAAACUACGACAAUAAAACUAAAUUUGUAGAAGAAAAUAGGUAUAUUUAUUAUAAAAAUUUCUUCAAAACGGUUUUGUUAACUUAAGCUAAAUUUACACUUAAUUGUAGAACAUAUCAAACUAAUUAUCGUUGUUAUAAGGAAGAUUAUCAUAAUAAGACCAGCAGUCUUUUGGAAUAACACUUUUCAAUGCUUGUAAGUGUAACCACUUUUUUUUCUUGACUGGUAAUUGAGACGUAUGGGCUUGGGGGUAUAUUAUAUCAGAACCUAUAAGUUUUUUUCUGAUAGGCAGCGACUUCCAUUCCUUUCCAAAAUCUAAUUUGAUCUGUAAAUCAUCAUCUGAGUAUUUUAUCCGAAUAUGAAUCCACUUCCAUUUGUGAAUGACCUUUUUCUAGAAACUUUUGCAUUAUGGUUACGUUAUGAACAGUUGAGAAGCUAAGAAGGGCGUUAGACAUGACUACAUUCCGGUUUUGAAAUGUACAGCCGUCGCUGUAGAUUAUAAUAGGAAGAUUCAAAUUCAAACAGUUUGCUCUGAUAUAAUCUAACAAACAAGCUACAAAAGUAGAAGCAUUUAGGUUUGUGUCAAUUUCUGUAAACCAGUAACAAGACACUUUAUGAUUUUCAACAUUAUAUACAGUGAAAUUAUGAUAGGAUAACUUGGUUUUGAAAUAAAUGGAGGUGGCAUUUAGAUAAGGAGCUACUUUUACGGCCUGUAAAUCCAUUGUUAAUAGAAUGCAUUUCUUUUCUUUAGUUUUUUUAAUGUCGUUUUCUUUCUCUUUUUGGUCGAUGGGAAAUUUCCAUUUAUCUUCUGGCACAUUUUUAUGCUCAUACUGUAUGCAAAUAUCACAUCGAUCCUUCUUCGGGGUAAACAAACACAAAUUUUUUUCCUUAAAUAUUUUUUCGAAAACGUACCUUUCCAACGGUGUAACAUUUUCUUCUUGACAUUUCUCUGAGUAUUUAUCAAAUAGCUGCUUCAUUGAUGUAAAAUGUUAGUAUUAAAAUGUAUAAAAUGUAAAAUCUUAGUAUUUUUUCUUACGUAAUGGGAUGGUUGUUUGGGUAAUUCUUCAAAAAAAAUACUUAAGUACUCAUUCUGUUCUUUAAACUGCUUAACACGAUAAUUUCUAUUUUUUCUUUUCUCAUUCUGUUGUUGCUUCUCUUCUCGCAUACUAUUUAUACUUUGUUUUACCCAAGUUUGCACUGUAAAAAGUCGAAGGCCCAAAGUGCUUACGAAGAACUGCCUGCACACGGGUAGUUUUUUUGUCCAUUGCUCAGAGUGUAACUGAAACUUCCUUCUCUACGAGAUAUUUCAUUUAGAGUAGCAGUUUUUUUUUUAGUUUCCGCCCUUGAUACAUGCGAAUAAACGUAGAUUUUUUUUGAUCCCAACUUAAUGAAGACCAGAAAUGUUUAAAAAGUUCAUUCCUUUUUUCCUCGAAAAAGGCGUCACAUUGUCUUUUAAAAGAUUUUCUACAGAAAAGUGAAUUACAGGCUCCUCCCAUGUUCCUUUCAGGUCUCAUGCUAUCUUGUUUAACAGUCCCAUCUCUGCUCCUGCUGUAUCCUAAAUAUUCCUUUCCCUUUUCACGCAAUUUUUCAUUUCGGUUCUUCUUCCACUCUGCUUGGAUAGCUUUCUUCUUUCUUUUACGACCUUCUUCCAUAUUUCCAUACAUAGGCUGCAACUGAACCUCAUUCCGCUCACCGAUUCCCUGUCAUUCCUCAGAAGCACUGGAACUGGUUUCUUCUUCAGCUAUUUCCGGCUCAUAAACCGAUCCACUAGAAGAGCUCCUUGCAGACUCACUGUUUUCAUCUACAUUUUUCUUAAAAUCACAAGAUAUACCCGAAGUGGAAGGAAUCGCAAUUGCUUCACUUUCAGAUCUCAAAUCCAUUGAUAUUAUAUUCUCACUUAUGUGGGGAAGCCUUUCGUUGGUAUCAUCCGGAUCAUCUGAGGUCUGGUUAUCAAGCAUACAUUGAUCAGAAUUUUGAUUAUCGGUUUGAAUAUUUCCACAAAAAUGUCCUGAUAACUGAUCUUCGAAAACAAUCGGAAUUUGAUCUAUAUUGAUUGCGAAGUUAUUUUCUUCUUUAAAAAGCUCUUGUACAUGAACUUUUUGUACAGAAGGCUCUUGCAUGGUAGUGUCUUGUACGGGAAGCUCUUGCACAGAAAGAUCUUCUAUCGGAAGUUGUUGCAUGAGAAUCUUAUUAUGAUCCGGAAACUCUGGUACGGGUAUCAUAUUAUUUUGCGUAGUUUUGAAAACUAGGUUUAAAAUUUUUAGCGUACGUGAACUCGUGUUGUAGAUAGUCUGAAAAAAAACCUAUUUACCGUUUAUAUUAAUUAAUAGUUUUUUUAAUACCUCCUAUCUUCCUAACUAACCAUUGAAAAAACAAUAGAAAGUAAGAAAAUUUUAUAAAAAAAUAAAUUAGAAAAUAUCUUAAAACAAUGAUUUUUAAAAACGGGCACUUGUAUUUUAUAAGAGUAAUGGAAUAAUCUUUAAAAAAAUCUGAAAAAUUAAAAUGUAACCUAACCUUAACAUAAACAGUAAUUACUUACCGGCUUUUUUUCUCGAAAACAGGGCAAUCUUAAGAUUGAGAUAGUUAAAACAACUUAACAGAAAUAUUAUCUCGAAAACACCUUACUAUUUUUCUCUAUUAUCUUAUAAAUUAACAUUAUUUAUUAUAAAAAACUGCAAGUUCAGCAAACGAUCUGCUCGAGCCUAUACACGCAACAAGAUACCGCCUAUUUGUUGUAUAAUAAAAAGCGCUAUAGGAGGUAUUGUUUUUAGGCAGGGACUUAAAAACAGUGCAGUUUUUGGAAGAUAGGAUGUAUUGUCACAUCACUGACGAUAUCAUUCAGAAACAAAAUGGGACCCAACAAGUCAAACAUGACUUCAUAGACUAAUGAAACAUACGACAUUAAAAAAUAAAAAUGUAUACAAUAUUAAUUGCAACUGAUGUUUAACUGGUUGUCCAUUUACUUCAAUGCGUUUUCGAAGUCGGUAAAUAACUUCCAAUUGCACAUUGCGAAUCGAUUGGUUUAAUCUCUUAUCGAAUUCUUUGCUUUAAAUCAUCAACACAAUUUGGUCUAUAGGCAUAGAGUUUGGACUUUAAAUAGCCCCAUAAGAAAAAAUCUAAAGGGGUUAUAUCCGGCGAAGUUGGUGGCCACUUAAUCGGUCCUCUGUGUCCAAUCCAUCUGUUAGAAAAAGUUGCAUCAAGAAAUUAUCGAACGGCGAUGGCGAAGUGAGGAGGAAAUAAGAAAAAGUAAAAUAAUAAUUUAAAUAUCGAAAAUAAUAAGGCCUAUACUUACUUUCUAAGAAAUCCUAUCAAAAUGUAAUGUUGGUACUUGAAUAGUUUGUACUUGAGACAGCCUGUAAGCAAAAUUUUUAUUGCAAAGGACGCACUGAGUGAAAUGGACAACAAAUUAAAUAUUAGUUGCAAAAACACAUAACGUCAACUUUGACAGGCACACGGUCAGUAACAAAACUAGACAUGUCAAAAUUAACCUAAAAAAGUGCUGCAUUCACAAAGAGUUGAAUUGUUAUUCCAAUAUUAUUAAACUAGAAAAAGGUGCUCGUUUGUUUGCUUAACGUACCUUCAGGCAGACUUGAUUUGAAACACCCUGUAUGUGAAAAAAAACAAGGUUAUGUAAUUGUAAGACACUUAAGCCGACAAUUCCGGUUCUAUGGAGGGUCUGAAAGCGACAAUAUGAACUAAACUGGCUGUUUUUUUAGGUACUUAUUUUUAUUGACUGAAUGCGUUUUUUUUUGUUAUUUUUCUUUCUGUAAAUAUCAGGUUAUUUCUGAUAUUCAUCUCCAUAUGUAAUUCUCUAUUGUCCUGUCGUGUGAAAUAACACCGUUUAGGGACCAUACACGCAUAUAAUACUGUUUAUGUCCACAUAUAUGUUAAAAAAAAUAUAUUUAUUUAUUUUAUGUUGCGUAAUAAAUAUGUGUAAAAAAAAAAA